AUGCGGACCCAGCAGGGCUCGGGGGGGGGCGUGCCCCUGCCUGGGGGCAGCUGUGGCAGCAGCGGAAGCUUGGGGCUGUCGCCUGGGUCCGACUCGGACGGAGGAAGUCCCACAGUCAGAAGGGUGGACAGCAUGGUGGACGGAGAUCUCGGGGUGGGUGGAUGUACGGGUGGAGGAGGCAGAGGAGGAGGUAGUUUGGGUGGAACUCUGAGGGGGGUCCUGUCUCGCUAUUGGAGCUUGGAGAGUCUGCAUUCGACCACAGCGGUGGUUGUACCUGACGGGACAUCAGAGAAGGCGGGGCUUGCGGGUGAUCUUGGCAGCGAAGAGGAUCUGCUGUAUGAAGAGUUUAGUAGUUCUGUACAUCAUUUUGGACAUCUAGGAGGAGGCGGAGGAGAGCAGCUGGCCAUCAAUGAGCUGAUCAGCGAUGGCAGUGUGGUGUAUGCUGAGGCCCUCUGGGACCAUGUCACCAUGGACGACCAGGAGCUGGGCUUCAAGGCCGGUGAUGUCAUCGAAGUAGUGGACGCCACUAACAAGGAGUGGUGGUGGGGUCGCUUAAUGGACAGUGAGGGCUGGUUCCCUGCCAGCUUUGUACGGUUGCGAGUGAACCAGUAUGAGCCUAUGGAGGAGUGUCUGGCCCAUCUGGAGGAGGCUGAGGCUGGAAAGGAGAACAGGGCAGGUCUGGGCUUGUUGCUGGGACAUGGUUUACACUGCAAAGAACAGAUGAGGACCAACGUCAUCAAUGAGAUCAUGAGCACAGAGAGAGACUACAUCAAGCACCUGAAGGACAUCUGUGAGGGUUACAUCAAACAGUGCCGCAAGAGGACAGAUAUGUUCACGGAAGAGCAGCUUCAUACCAUCUUUGGCAAUAUUGAAGAGAUCUACCGAUUCCAGAGGAAGUUACUGAAAGGCCUUGAGAAGAAAUUCAACAAAGAGCAGCCCCACCUCACUGAGAUCGGUUGCUGCUUCCUCGAACACCAAACAGAUUUCCAGAUUUAUUCAGAGUAUUGCAACAACCACCCCAACGCUUGCGUCCAGCUCUCUAAACUAGUGAAGGUCAACAAGUACGUGCUCUUCUUCGAAGCCUGCCGACUCCUCCAGAAGAUGAUUGACAUUUCCUUGGAUGGCUUCCUGCUGACUCCAGUUCAGAAGAUCUGCAAGUACCCACUGCAGCUGGCUGAGCUGCUGAAAUACACCAACCCACAGCACAGGGACUAUAAAGAAGUGGAGGCGGCCUUAAAUGCCAUGAAGAAUGUGGCUAAGCUGAUCAAUGAGAGGAAACGGCGUCUUGAGAACAUUGACAAGAUUGUCCAAUGGCAGAGCUUCAUAGAGGACUGGGAGGGAGAAGACGUCCUUAGCAGGAGCUCUGAUCUGAUCUUUUCAGGAGAGUUGAGCAAGCUGUCCCAGCCUCAGGCCAAGAGUCAACAGAGAAUGUUUUUCCUCUUUGAUCACCAGAUGGUCUACUGCAAAAAGGACCUCCUGCGGCGGGAUAUGCUAUACUACAAGGGUCGGAUGGACAUGGAUUACAUGGAGGUGAUAGACGUGGAGGAUGGAAAGGAGAAGGACUUCAACAUCAGCGUGAAAAAUGCUUUGAAGCUGCGGGUGCUGGCUGGUCACGAAGUCCACCUCUUGUUUGCCAAGAAGCCGGAGCAGAAACAACGCUGGCUGAGAGCCUUCGCUGACGAGAGGAUUCAGGUCCAGCAUGACAUUGAGACAGGAUUCUCUCUUACAGAGGUCCAAAAGAAACAGGCUAUGCUAAAUGCCUGCAAAAGCCAUCCAGCUGGGAAACCCAAAGCAGUGACCAGACCUUACUGCGAAUUCCUUCUGCGACAGAAACACCCCUCUCUUCCCGCUGCUUUGCCCCAGCAGCAAGUCUUUAUGCUGGCUGAGCCGAAGCGCAAAACUUCCACCUUCUGGCAUACCAUUGGCAGAUUGACACCAUUCAAGAAGUAA